UUCGUUUAUAAUGACAUUGUGGCAAUUAUUUAAUUUGCUUAUUUUACUUUUCGUUUUUAAAAGUUCCUGGUCCCAAAGAAAGAUCAUCGGUGGACAUCUUGUGGGUUCAGUACAGAAAAGAUACGUGGUGUAUAUAGUUAAAUCUGAUAAAUCUAAAAUGGCAUAUGAUAAUUGGAGUUGCGGUGGUGCUCUAGUCAACAGUAAUCAUAUUAUCACCGCCGCUGCGUGCUUAGAAGAUAUCCGCUUUCUGUACGCCGUUGCUGGGUACAGUAUUAUGGUAAAGACUAUAUCUUCUGAUCCGUGCACAAAAUGGUUCAGCAAGAAAAUCUUACAAACAUGCACACCAAGAGCAUACGAAUUUAACUAUGCUAAAGUUCAUAAAUGGGCAGGCAUGGAUAUAGGCAUAGCGUGUACAGGGUCACCGUUUGCAAUAAAAAACGGAUAUUGUUCAUACUCUCCAGAACCUAUACCAAUAAAUUUCAAUCCUAAAUAUGGUGCUGAAGGCAUCGACGCUAUUGUCUUGGGUUGGGGACAUUUCACAUUUUGGCGAGAGCCCAUCAAUAAAGACCGCGGAUUAAAAAAAGAUCUAUAUUACGCGCCUGUAUCAAUUAUGAAUAAAGAAAAAUGCAUGGAAUAUUACAAAGAUUUUCCCGAAUUUCAAGAAGUUAUACGAAAAUAUAUGAUUUGUACGUUCGGCAAAGGAAACCUGGACAUCACGGGUCGUCUCAUAACAACAAUAAGGCCAAAGUAUGAACGUUGCGGGAAAACUGAGGAUGGUGAAUGUAGAGAAAAUUUGGAGAGCCAAUUAAAUGUGGAAACUCCAAAUACAACUGAGUUUGAAACAACCAGGAGACAAGGAAUCUGUCAGAACGAUCACGGCGGACCACUGGUGACUUGGAUAGGUGGCAAAGAGUACCUCAUCGGUAUCGCGUCCGUAUUCCGUGUAAACAAAACAACUUGUGUGGGACCAUUUUUAUUCACAAGUACACAUUGCAAUGGCGCUUUCUUACAUUGUUUUUUUAAUAAAAGACGAUCAGGAGAAGAUCCUUCAGUUUGUGAUGUAUAUGCAAAUGAACAAGGUUUCGAAAUGAUAUAUAGAAAUAUAUCUUGGAACGAACAUCCAGACGGGUACGCUGACAAUGAAAGAAAUAUUCCAAACAACGAUUUUACAUCAUUCUACUAAUUUUUGUGGCAUAGUCCUUCUGGUUACAUGAAAUUUUAAAUCAGAAAGUAAACACUCUUUCUAUUUAGAAUUACAGAUUUGAAAUGGGUAAAACUCAUAAUAUCUGAAUUGAGGAAGUAUGAUAAGGAAGUCGUAUUUAUUUUGCAAUUUAGGAAGUUAGCAAAGGUAAGUUAGUAAAGGAGGAUAGGCAUAGGAGCCUUCUUGGCAUGUAUGUAUGUUGAGAUAAUUUGUAUUAUUGAAUUUUGGGACACCUUGUACAUUUUAUUAUCUUAAGUCCACACUUAUUAGAACUAUAACGU